AUGUCCAUAUCUGGAUUAAAGUUAUUUGACUGCAUUCAUUUAAAUGCAGUGCAAAUGAUUCCAUUAUUUAUUUUAAAUGAAGGAAAACCUACAUCUGUUUUGCUUCCGAAGUUAUGUUGGAAAAACUCUGAUCUUAAAACGUUAACCGAGAAGCUGUAUGAGAUCAGCACUAGUGUGGGAUACGGGAUUCAACCAAAUAGAAGCGAUUACUUUGUCCACAGCGUACUGUUCAUUGCAGAUCUUUCUUGUUCUAAAACUUCCGAAUUUCUGAACAAGGCCAGCAAGCAAGGUUAUUUCAAAUCGCCUUAUAGAUGGCUAUUACUGGACCAAAAUGGAAAUUCCGAUUUGCGCAUUUUAAACGAUUUAGACAUGCCCAUCAACAGCGAUGUUGUUGUAGCGAAGAUGAUUGACCCAAACCAGUUUUUAUUUAUUGAAGCAUACAAAAUAUCAGAAACAUCACACGUUAUUUUUUCGACCCGAGGGACGUGGCUCGCUUCCAAAAUGAAAUUGAGCGAUAAUUUUAAUAAUUCUUUAAUAAGUUAUGGACAUAAUGAUUCAUAUAACGCAGUUGCUAAAAAUAUUAAACUGGGAGUUAUAAAGUACUAUACAGAGGAGAAGAUAUUGUCUCGCAGAAGACGUAAUAUGCAAAAACAACCUCUAACGAUGGCUAAUGUCAUAACGGAUAGCAAUGAGACUAGAAAACAUUUGGACGAUAGACUAUAUCUUCAUCAAGACUCUAUAACCAAGAUGAGUUACAUGGUCGUAAAGAUAUGCUUUGAAAUGUUAAACGCAACGGAAAAACUACUGUUUACACACACUUGGGGUUAUAAGGACAAGAACGGUAACUGGCAAGGAAUUGUCGAUCAUCUCUUGAAGAAAGAAGCAGAUCUAGGUACCCUCACAAUUUUCACCCAAGAACGUAUGAAGGUCAUCGACUACAUAGCCAUGGUGGGGUCUACGGCUGUUCGUUUUGUAUUCAGAGAACCUCCCCUAGCACUCCUGCAGAAUAUCUUCACCCUUCCAUUCACUGGCGCGGUGUGGGUCGCGAUCUUUGUGUGUGUUUUGAGUUGUGCUCUCUUUUUGUAUAUCACUUCGAAGUGGGAAGCUACUGUUGGUAUGCAUCCAAUGCAGCUAAAUGGUUCCUGGGCAGAUGUUUUGAUAUUGAUAAUUGGAGCUGUCCUUCAACAGGGAUGCACUUUAGAGCCAAGAUAUGCAGCAGGUAGAUGUGUCACGCUCCUUCUGUUCUUAGCCCUAACAAUCCUUUACUCAGCCUACUGUGCGAACAUUGUGGUACUACUCCGAGCACCGAGCUCGUCAGUCAGAAGCCUUCCGGAUUUGCUUAACUCCCCUCUGAAACUUGGUGCCAGCGACUUUGAAUACAAUCGGUAUUUCUUUAAGAAACUGAAUGAUCCAAUCAGAAAAGCAAUCUAUGACAAGAAGAUAGCUCCCAAAGGGAAGAAACCUAACUUCUACAGCAUGAAGGAAGGCGUGGAGAAAAUUAGAAAGGGUCUUUUCGCAUUUCACAUGGAAUUGAACCCAGGGUACAGGCUGAUACAGGAAACCUACCAAGAGGAAGAAAAGUGCGACCUGGUUGAAAUUGAUUACAUUAACGAAAUUGAUCCGUGGGUGCCCGGUCAAAAGAGAUCCCCGUAUAAGGACUUAUUUAAAAUCAACUUCAUCAAAAUCCGCGAAACUGGCAUCCAAUCGAACAUCCACCAUCGCCUACAUGUAGGCAAGCCUCGUUGCUCCGGUUCGAUCUCUGCUUUCAGCAGUGUUGGCAUUACUGACAUGUAUCCAGCUAUAAUAGCCACGCUGUAUGGGAUGCUGCUAGCCCCUGCUGUGCUUGUCCUUGAGAUCAUGUAUAAGAGAUUGAUGGUGGUAAGGCAGAAUAAAUUAGCAAAAAGCAUAGAGUUUUCAACAUAA